CAAAAUUUAAUCACACUUUUUCUUUUGCUUCGUUUACCUUACUCCUCACUCUUAAUUAUACACAAAACUACAAUAAUGUCUAAGAAGUACACCAUCGAAGAAGUUGCCAAGCACCAACAAGGUGAUGAUUGUUGGAUCAUUGUUCAUGACAAAAUCUAUGAUAUUUCUAAAUUUUUGGACGAUCAUCCAGGAGGAAAAAAGGUCCUCUUGAAGGCAGCUGGAACAGACGCUACUAAACAAUUCGAUGCUUUCCAUAGUCCUUCUGUCCUGACUAAGAUUGCUGCCCAAUAUUUAAUUGGUGAGGUAGGCGAUGGAUCUGUUGAGGAAGAGGCAGACACGGAUGAUGUUGUUGAUGUAAACCCUCUUCAAGUUGGUGAAGCCUAUGGUGAUAUGGUUCCUUUCGGUGACCCUAUGUGGUAUCAAGAUUGGUACAGCCCUUACUAUAACGACUCGCAUCGUAAGGUGAGACAAUCGGUCCGUGAUUUUGUAGAGCGCGAAAUCAUGCCAUUCACUCAUGAAUGGGAUGAGGCCAAGCAGUUGCCUCAUGAUCUUUUUGAAAAAGCAGCUAAGGCAGGUAUCCUUGCUUCUGUUGUUGGCCAUGUAGAUCCUGAGUAUAUUCCCUAUGGGUUACCUGGUGAUGUACCACACGCUGAUUUUGAUACCUUCCAUCAUAUUAUUGUUGCUGAUGAGUUGUCUCGCUGUGGUUCUGGCGGUAUUACCUGGGGUCUUAUUGGCGGUCUGGGUAUUGGUCUUCCUCCUGUCCUUCAUUUCGGUUCCAAGUACCUUAGAGAUAAGGUAGCCCUAGACUGUUUGGCUGGUAGAAAGAGCAUCUGUUUGGCUAUUACUGAACCAUCAGGUGGAUCUGAUGUUGCUGGGCUUCAAACUGAGGCUAAAGAUAUGGGUGACCAUUAUCUUGUCAAUGGUGAAAAGAAAUGGAUCACAAACGGUACCUUCGCUGACUAUUUUACUGUCGCUGUUCGUACUGGUGAGCCAGGUUUCAAUGGUAUUUCAUUUUUGUUACUCGAAAGAAGCAUGCCCGGUAUCAAGACUACACAAAUGAAGUGUUCUGGUGUAUGGCCUUCAGGUACUGCUUAUGUUACUUUGGAAGAUGUUAAGGUGCCCAAAGAAAAUUUAAUCGGUGAAGAAAACAAGGGUUUCAAAUAUAUCAUGCACAACUUCAAUUCUGAACGUAUGGGUAUUGUUAUCCAAGCUAAUCGUUUCGCUCGUGUAUGCGUUGAGGAGUCUCUCAAAUAUGCCCACAAGAGAAAGACCUUUGGCAAGCGUCUUAUCGAUCAUCCCGUUAUCCGUAACAAGCUUGCUCAUAUGAUCAGACAAGUCGAGUCUACUCAUGCCUGGAUGGAGACUCUCGCUUAUCAAUCUAUGCAUAUGCCCGAAGAAAUUCAAGCUAUUCGUCUUGGUGGUCAUAUUGCUCUUUGUAAGGCACAAUCCACUCAAACAUUCGAAUACUGUGCUCGUGAAGCCGCUCAAAUCUUUGGUGGAUUAGCAUACAGCCGUGGUGGCCAAGGUGAAAAGGUUGAACGUUUGUACAGAGAAGUCCGUGCCUUUGCCAUUCCAGGUGGUAGCGAAGAAAUUAUGCUUGAUUUAGGUGUGAGACAGGCUGUCAAGGUCGGUGCCUUCAUGGGUGCCAAGAUGUAAUUGAAUUCCUAUUAUUUAUUAAAGUAUAUGCAAUAAACACUGUCAUAUGUUUCUCUAAUUACAAUAUUUUUCAUACGACCACUAUGAAGAAUUACACUCUUGAUAAGAACUUUGAUAACUAAAAUAUACAUUGGCCCUUAAUUUUUGGUGGAAGAAAUAUGGGCUUUCUUUUUUUUUAAAAAAAAAUAAUUGUCACACGUCCAAAGUUCUUUACAAGAGAUAUAUACCUGAACUCAAUGCAAAGAGAU